CCUUGAUAUAACAACAUCAAACCAAGAGCUCGCCAAGUCAUUCAAUAUGGUUCCCUCUGCUCUGAAUGGCGAUGGAAUGGGAUCGCUCGAGGAGAUAAAAGCCCCUCAGGGCGUUGUUCUGCCUCCACGAGAAAUCAAAGCUAUUCUCGAGAAGACAGCAGGUUACGUCGCGCGAAACGGUUUCGUAUUUGAAGACCGCAUUCGAGAGAAAGAAAAGACGAACCCCAAAUUCUCCUUCCUAAGCCCCAACGAUGCCUACAACGCCUACUACCAAUGGCGACUCAGCGAAAUUUGCGCAGGGCGAGGAACGGCUGUCGCGGCUGGUCGAGCAGAAGACGUGGAAGCCGAAGCAGAGAAGCCCAAGGGCCCGCCCGAGCCUCCAGAAUUCCAUUUCUCAGCGCGAAUGCCCAACAUCAAUGCUCAAGAUCUGGAGGUUGUGCGUCUAACUGCGCUAUUCGUGGCGAAGAAUGGGAGGCAAUUCAUGACUACAAUAUCGCAGAGAGAGACGGGAAACUAUCAGUUCGAUUUUCUGCGGCCAAAUCAUACCUUGCAUAGUUUCUUUCAGAGACUGAUCGAUCAGUACACUGCCUUAUUAAGGGCCGGGGGUAUGGAUGGUGAGGGCGGAAAGAUACAGCAGGAGAGGAUCAAGGAGCUGCAAGCCAACGUUGCUGAUAAGUUCCACGUAUUGGGACGAGCGAAGCAGAGAGCGGAAUGGUUCAAGUUCCAAGAUGAGCAGAAGCAGAAGAAAGAAGAGGAGGCCGAGAAGGAGAGAAUGACAUAUCAGCAAAUCGACUGGCAUGAUUUUGUGGUUGUUGAGACCGUUGUCUUCACGGAAGCGGAUGAUCAGGCCAACCUCCCACCACCUACAUCUCUCUCCGAACUCCAGUUUGCUUCUCUCGACCAAAAAGCAGCGAUGUCCAUCAACCACAAUCUACGUAUUGAGGAGGCCAUGCCAGAAGAUACAGAUUACUACAAUAACUACCCACAACAGCCAAUGGAAAUGGCACCACCUCCAAUCCCACAGCAAGCCUACCAACCACAAUAUCAAGAUACCCGAAUGAGGAAUACUGAUGAAGAAGAUGAAGAGGAGCAACGGAUCCAGGAACGAACAGAGGCUAGGCAACGUGCUCAACAGGCACAAGCCGAAGCGAAGGGUGUGGCGGCUCCAAUGAAGAUCAAGGAGAAUUAUGUUCCAAGAGCAGCUGCAAGAGCGGCUCAAAAGCAGAACAUGGUGCUUUGUCCGAAUUGUCGACAGCAAAUGCCUGCUAGUGAGCUUGAUGAGCAUAUGAGAAUCGAACUUCUGGAUCCAAGAUGGAAAGAACAAAAGGCCAAAGCAGACUCUCGUUAUUCAACCACUAAUCUAUCCACCCAAGACGUAGCGAACAAUCUCAAACGUCUAGCCAGCCAACGGAGCGAUCUCUUCGAUGGAGUUACAGGACAGCCUGUCUCGGAAGAGGAAGCAGCCAGGAGAAAGAAGGCAGCGAGUAGUUACGAUGGGCAGCCAUUGGAGAAAGGGGACAGGAGGUUGGAUGUGAUGCAGAAUGUUAAUGUGGAGGAACAGAUUAGGGCUAUCCAUCAAAAGUUCGGUGGUGAAAAGAAGUGAACACAACAUGGAGCAUGGGUGGAUGGGUGGCGUUUGGGUGGAAUGUAUGAAUGAUAUUUGUUCUCGAGACUACAAAGCUAAAGAAAAAAACUUGCUGAUGGGGCAUUUGAAGCCAACAUUUUCCAUUGGUCCCUGGCCCUGAUACGUCUCGGUCUCGGGGUUUGUUUCCAUUUUCAGCUCUGCUAUAAUGCCUUCCUAGGCAUGAAGUUCUUGCCUAAGCCCCAACAAGUAGGCUUG